AUGUUUGACGGACAUCAAAAUGAUUAUCCGUUAUUAUUUGUUGGCGGAACAAAUUAUAAUAGAGGACGUACUCAACAAUUACCAGCUACAAAAAGACGAUAUGUUCUUGAAAGAUAUCCAUCGCGAAAACGAGGAACGGCAGAAUAUAAUCCAUUAUAUGAUACAUUUCAACCAAUAACACCACCACAUUUUCAUUAUCAAGCACAAAAUAGACCUGGAAGUAUAUAUGAAAGACCAUGUACAAAUUCUUAUGAACAUGAACAACAAUUAUUGACACGAGAACGAAAUAAUGGUGAGUAA